CUCUUGAGCUCGCUAAGAGAUGGUUAUUAAUUAUAGUGAAGAUGAAGAUAGAGAUGGAGUGCAAUUCAAUUGGAAUUUGUUUCCUUCUACUCGGUUGGAGGCAUCACAAUUAUCAACUCCAUUAGGAUGUCUCUAUCAACCCCUUAGAAGUACUUCAACAUGUAUAACUGGACCCCCAGUUGUAUGUUCAACAUGCAAGAAUUUCAUCAGCCCAUUCAGUAGAAUUGAUCAAACAAUUAAUAUGUGGUGGUGUUCAAUGUGUGGAAAGAAAUCAUUUUUGCCGGAUCAUUUUGUUGCCCCAUCUGAAGGUCAACAAUGUCCAUCACAGUUGAAAAUUAAUUCUUCCAAUAUAGCAUAUGAAUUACCUGAAGACAUAGAUAACAAAGUAUCUGCAGGACUUCCUUUUACAUAUGUAUUUGUUAUUGAUGUAUAUAAACAUAUUGAUGAAUUAGAAGAAGAUGGUUUCACAAGUUUAAUUGACUCUAUCAUUCAAAGUAUAGAGAGAAUUCCUAAUGGUAGUUUGAUUGGAUUAGUGACAUUUGAAGAAUCUGUACAUGUUCAUCAAUGGGGAAGUUCCGAAACUUUUUCGUUUGAUAAAGAAUUUCUUUCUAAAAGUAUUAGUAAAAAGAGUAAAAAGCCUGAUUAUAAUGCAAUUUGGACUUCUUCCGUCAGUGAUGCAGUAAUUGAAAAGAUAGGACUUUCUAAGAAUUCACUUCUGUUUGACCAUAAAUCCAGUCCGUUAGUAAAACAUAAUAUUCUACAAGAAUUAAACGAAAGUUCAAAACUGAGAAUAAUAUCUCAAGUAAAAGGUUUAAAACCAAAAAUAUGUAAUUCAUACAAACCAAGUCGGUCAUCAGGUCUUGCACAUUAUAUCACUACAAUUCUUUUGUCGAGUUAUUCAUUCAAAGAUUUCAUUGGUAAAGUAAUCUUUGCUACUAGUGGACCAGGAACAAACUUCCCUGGUAUCAUUGUUAAUCCAGAACAAAAGGAAAUUAUACGGUCUCAUGCUGAUAUUGAAAAAUUGAAUGCUCCAAAUUUCUUAUCGAGCCUGAAGUUUUAUCAGACUUUGGGAUAUAUUGCCAGUGGUCAAACUUUAGAAAGAUCAUGGUCUAUAGCUAGUUCUGCAUCGGUGAAAACCACUGAUUAUGACAUUAAUCCAUCUAGUCCAAAGUGGUCGGUUGAUAUCUUUACUGGAUCUUUGGAUCAAACAGGAAUUUAUGAAAUGAGAGCAGUUUCAACUCAUACAAUGGGAAAGAUAUAUCUUUCUGAUUCCUUUAAAUCUAAUCAAUUUAAAAAAUCAUUUAUUAGUGCUAUAGAUAUUACUAAACUGUCAUAUAGGAAUAUCUUAACUAUACUGACAUCUCAAAAUCUUAAGAUAUCUAGAUUUAUAACUACAGGAGGUUAUGCCUUACCUUCUUCGUAUACUAAAAGAGGAGAGAAAUAUUUUGCAAGUUAUCAUGAGAAGAUAUCUGAUACACUUACUAAAUUUGACUCGGCUAUUCAGAAGAAGAAUUUUACAAAUCGAUGGCAAUUCAAUACUUUAUUAAAAGAUGAUACAAUUGCAUUAUUUUUAGAAAUGAAUACGGCUCGAUCAUCUAAAGAUAUUACAACCAACGAUACAAAAGAAGUAUUUAUUCAAUUUCAAUUGAAAUAUUGGGAUUUCACCAAAGGGAAAUGGAUAUUGAAAGUAACAACUGUUCAAAGACCAACUACUGUAUCAAUUAUAUUACAGAAGAGUGAUAUACUUAGGGAAAGAGAAAUUCUUCUCAGUUUUAAUCAAAGGUGUUGGACAAUUUUAUUGGCACGAUUACUUAUUCAGAAGAUUGAUACAACAUUAGGAUUUGGAGAAUUUGAUAAUUUGAUUGAAUUAAUGGAUGAAGUGUUAAUUAAAUUACUUUAUCAUUUUGGUGGUUUAUCUUUGAAAGUCAAUUCAAGUUCUGCAGACAGAUCGAACCCUUAUCUUAUACUUCAACAAAUUUAUGAAAUCAACGAAAACUUUAAGGAUUUGCCAUCAUAUAUUUAUAAUUUGAGAAGGAAUCCUCAAUUAAUAAGAAUUUUCAAUUCAAGUCCUGAUGAAACUGCGUAUUAUCACAGUUGGUUCUUAAGAAUGAAUGGCGAUAUUUCUAUUAAUGCUAUUCAACCAAAACUAUAUAAGUUGAUCAAUGAUAGUGAAGAAGAGAUACCAUUGAAUUCAAAUUGUUUGAGCUUACCUCCAAGGACAUUCUUACUUAUGAAUACAGUUUUCCAGAUAAUCAUAUAUUACAUUAGGGAUGCAGAAGCUUCCAAAUUGGAUUUACAUCAUUCACAAAAUGACCAUUUAGUAGAGACAAGAGAUAAUAGUAUUUUACCUGCCUUGACAUUUAUUGAAAGUCAUAUGACAAAGUAUAACUCAUUCAUUCCGAAAUACAUUGUAACUCAAACUAAUCAUUCUCAAAGUCGAUUCUUAAUUGCGAGAUUAAAUCCCAUUGAAAAAGAUGAACCUAAAUUUAGCCAAGCUAAUGUAGAUAAUAAGAUUAAUGAAGGAGGUAUAUUUCGAUUCUUUAAGAAAAAGGAUAAGAAAAAUAAUUCUACAAUUAGUUAUGAUUUACUUAUGACGGAUGAUAUGAGUCUUAAACAAUAUUAUGAUAUUCUAGUUCGUGCAAUUAAAGUAUAUAAAGUGGGACUGGAAUAGUACAAAAAUUAAAUAGAUUUAAUAAAAGUUAAUACAGUUUCAAUGAAAUCAUCGACUGCGGUUUCAUCUGAACCAGGACCAAUAUCAUGCGUAGCACCUUGUAAAAUUUUACUUAAAGGUGACCAGUAUUUAGGAUUAGUAGCAUCUUUCCAUGAAUCAAUUAAUUUUUGACGAUU